UUCAAUUAUUUCUUCUCUGAACGGUGCGUUUCGAUCGAUCUUUGAAUCAAGGAGCCCUUUGUCCUCUGUGAAUUGCUUGGAAUGAAAUUCUAAUCAAUCUUGCCACUGCAAAAACGAUGAGAAAGUUGCUUGCUUUCAUGUACUGAAGACUGCAGCCUGAAAAAUGGCUUUGGUCGAUGUGAUCAAGUCCUGCCUUGAUUCUAUUAACCAAAUAUCAGAUCACAUUGAGGGUGCCACUCUUUACCUAGAUGGUGGAUGCACAGAGAGUUUCCAGUUCCUUGGUGCAUUCCCCUUGUUACUGCAACUUGGAGUGCGGGCUGUUUGCAGCUUGGAGAACAUGUCUCCCCUUGAUUCAGUGGUUGACUGGAAACCAAAUUUUGAUCCCGUGAGGAAAAUUGUGGUCAUCACAUCACGUCUUUUGAGUGAUGCACAUCGGUAUAUCUUACGUUGUCUGAGCAUGCAUCGAGGUGUUCGCCAUUGCACAAUAUUUACAUCUAUCUCAGAGAUAGCUCAUUCAGCAUAUCCUGAUUCACCUCUGGGUCCAGAUGCUUUUCAUGAAUAUGAAUCCUUGCUUGUUCUAGAUUAUGAGGAGCUUGUUAAGAAAUGUGAGACAAAAUCCAGACAGUCAGGAGACACUAGCUUGCUGGAGAAUUUGACCUUGGAAGAUGAGGGAUGGUCACAACUUGGUCCUAUUGAAGAGAGCAUUUCUCAAAUUGAAGCUAGGCCAAGUCCAAGAGAUUUAGAUCAAGAUAAUUCAGUAGGUUGCAUGGAAGAUGUAGGGCAAAAAUUGGUUGUUUCUGUCCAUCACUUUCCUAUGAUUUUGUGUCCUUUUUCACCAAGAGUCUUCAUCUUGCCUUCAGAGGGAGCGGUUGCUGAAGCAUACUUAUCAACUGAACAUGAGGAUUCCCUUAGUCCUGGAUUGCCUCCAUUAAGUACUGGAUUGCCUCCUGAUGGCGAUGACAUUCCCCCUGGGGCAACUCUUACUGCACAUUUUCUGUACCACCUGGCUACCAAGAUGGAUCUGAAAAUGGAGAUAUUUUCCUUUGGCAAUUUGUCAAAAACAGUUGGGAAGAUUUUGACAGACAUGUCAAGUCUUUAUGAUGUUGGUCGACGUAAACGAUCGGCAGGGUUAUUACUCAUUGAUCGCACUCUUGAUCUUCAUACUCCAUGCUGCCAUGGGGACUCCCUUGUGGAUCGUAUUUUUUCAUCUCUGCCCCGUAGGGAAAGAACAACAUCCUCUACUCACAUAAAAGGCUCACAAACCCAACCCAAACAUCGCUAUGGUAACCUGCACCGACGUCCUCUUGAUGUUCAGAUACCACUUGGCAAAAUUCUCUGUGAAGAAGAUUCCUCAAGAGAUAAUAUCCGACUUUUGGAAAGCAUUGAAGCUUUUUUAUGUGGGUGGAAUUCUGGUAGCUCUGAUGCUCAAAUUGUAGAUUUGGUUAAUCUCAGUGCCAAACUUCACUCUGAAAAGUCCCCUCAAUCUGAGAUUGAGCUUCUGAGUGGAUCUUUUGUUGCUAUGGAAAAUUUUCAUGGAACGCCAUACCUGGAAACCAUACUAGAUAGAAGAAUGAAAGAUGGAACCAUCCUAGUAAAGAAGUGGCUUCAAGAAACUUUGCGUCGGGAGAAAAUGACUGUGAAUGUGAAAAUGCGUCCUGGUUUUGCCACAAAAUCUGAUUUGCAACCUAUGAUUAAAGCUCUUACUAAAAGCCAAUCAUGUUUACUGAGAAACAAAGGAAUUAUUCAAUUAGCAGCAGCCACACUCUUCACUCUUGAUGAAUUUCAUUCUUCCAGAUGGGAUGUGUUUACCAGUGCUGAGAAAAUAUUGAGUGUAAGUGCUGGAGACACAAGCCAGAGUCUUGCAGCUCAGAUUGGUGAUCUUAUCAAUAAGAGUGCUUUAGUGGGAUCACAUGAACAGAAGAAUGGAAAGAUGGAGCCCUCAGAAGGCCUACUCUCUUUUCAAGAUGCUUUGCUUCUAACAAUUAUGGGAUAUAUUUUGGCUGGUGAGAAUUUUCCAACAUCUGGUUCUGGUGGCCCUUUCUCUUGGCAAGAGGAGCACAUGUUGAAAGAAGCUAUUGUGGAUGCAGUUCUUGAAAACCCAGCAAUAGCAAAACUGAAGUUUCUUGAUGGUUUAACAGAAGAGCUUGAAGCCAACAUAAACAAGAUCAAAUCAGAGGAAGCCAAAGAGGAUUCUUUGGAUCAAUUAAAACUUGAUGAGUUUGAUGAUGAUCAAUGGGGUAACUGGGGUGAUGAAGAUGCUGAUGAUAAUAAUAAUAAUACUAAUAAAGAGCAUGUUUAUGGUGACAUGCAGCUGAAGUUGGAAUUGCGCGACAGGGUGGAUAACCUUUUCAAAGUCCUUCAUAAGCUGUCGAGUUUGAAGAGGAGGAAUAUACCCUUAAGAGAAGGGGCAUUGGCCGUGGAUAAUGACUUCAGUGGUGAUCCCUCCACAAGUAAAGGACUGCUUUAUAAACUUCUAACAAGGGUACUUGGCAAGUAUGAGGUACCCGGGUUGGAUUACCAUUCCUCUACUGUGGGGCGACUUUUCAAAAGUGGGUUUGGAAGAUUUGGCCUUGGACAGGCAAAACCAAGUCUUGCUGACCAGAAUGUUAUUCUGGUUUUUGUUGUCGGAGGAAUCAACGGUCUUGAGGUACGUGAGGCUCAAGAGGCAUUGUCUGAAAGUGGAAGACCUGAUAUAGAAUUGAUUAUUGGUGGUACAACACUUCUUACUCCGGAUGACAUGUUUGAUUUGCUAUUGGGGAACUCCAGUUACAUUUGAUUCAUACAAUAGUUUCAUUUGUUUUCUUUUUACAAUUUGGAGAUUGGUAAAAAAAAAAAACAGAGGAAGAGAAAAAGUUAACAAAUCAGGAAUGCUGUUUGCUGACAUUUCAGGUGAUAUGUGUUAAAUUGAAAGCCAUUUUAGUUUUAAUGUAAUGUAAUCUGUUGAUGAGAAGUGGGAAAUUGGCCCUAUGAAGAAGGGAAGAAAAAUGGGAAUGCUCCCAAUCAAUGUGAUAUACUUAUCAUUCAAUUGAAAUAAGAAAUGUAUAUUUGAUCUUGUGAUAUAA